ACUAAUGGGUUCGUGUUUAUGGUUGAUGUCGUCUUUUAAAUACUGAUAUUAAAAAUCAACGAAUAGGUUGUCUUCAUGUUGAAGUAGAUAAUUCUAUCUGCGUUUGUAAGGGACUGGACCAUAAUAUUAUUGUUUGUAAGUGGACUUUCUCAUAAUCUACAUGUGGUGUCCUUUCGUUGGAACUGGUCCUCAAACUCGUAGAAGAAUCCCCUUCAAUCCAUCUAAAUGGUGAUAUAUGGAUGGAGAAAGUGUGCGCAGUGGACGAAGUGAAAAAAGUGACCGUUCUCGUCGGUCAAAACGCAUUCAGCGGACGAGUAAUGUCACCUCCAGUCAACCCGCGUGUAUGUUCCAAGGACAAGUAAAGAGUGUGUUAGCUUCUCAUAACCAACCACUAGCUAUUGGCCAGAGCAUGCAAAAUGUGGAUACAGCUGUCCGUCAAUCUCAAUGCAAUUUAAUGCCAAUUGUCCCACAGCCUCAUAUGAGCAUGUUUCCGCAGCAACCAAUAGGAAUGCAACAGCCUAAUUCUCAUCCUUAUACAUUAGAAACAUGGAUUCCCCCUUUAAUGCCAAUGAACCCCAAUUUCUCCUCUUGUUCUCAGCCAAGCAUGUACAUCCCUAACGCUCAGAGUUGGACCGAUCAAUCUGUACAGCAGGUAUAUGCCCAACAAAUAAUUCAUCCGUCUAUGCCUUCUCCAUUCACCCGACCCCCAAUUUGUGCAGGAGUACAAUCAAAUCAACUUCAGUCACAACAACAGCAGGUCGGUUCUUUCAUACCUCCUGGACAACAGCAUCCUUUAGCACAUACUGCUGCAUCCCAUGUUUCACCUUCCCAGAUACCUUCUCAACCAUCAUCACAAGUUCCAGAACCAUACCGGUCUGAGCGUUUUGACCCACAACUUACGAACCAAGAUGAAAAUGCUUGGGUUGAAGAGGCUACUGCUGUCACUGGCGCUACAAGUGAGACUGGACUCAGUGGCGACAAUUUCUCACGAUUUGGAGCACGUUACGGUCUAGCAACCUCACUAGGUAUACAUGCCAAUGGUGGUACCGGCUGUAAUAUUAGCGGUGCUGCAGCUGCUUUAAUACGAUCCGAAGCGGAUGAAAUAAAAAUGUUCAAAUGCUCACAUACAUUAAGUUUUGCCAUUUCUGCAUUUCUGGCAAUUGGUUCAUUACUGUCUCCAGUUCUAAUGCUUUUACUCCCACUUUUUCCGUUUUGGAUUGGAUGGUCGACCGAAGGGUGUGAACCAACUUGUGAAGGACAUCUCAUCAGUAUAUGUGUAAAACUUGUACUUCUCGCUAUCGCGCUGUGGUUUUUAAGUUCCCCUUGUCGACCAUUUUGUGGCAGUGCUACUGCCAUACUUCCACGUAUCCGUCUUUGUCGAACUCUUUUUCUUUGUCUUGUGUUAGUUGUUCUGUUUGCAUUUUGGUUGUUUUAUACUGUUCGUGUUAUACAGCCAAAGGAAUCUGAUUAUCUUUCCAUAGUAGUUUUUGCCGGCAGUUUGACGGAUACUUUACUCUUUUUACAUUAUGCCGUUAUCGCCCUUAUGGAACUACGUAGAAUCCGAUUUCAGUACGUCAUACACAUUGUACGUUCUCCAGAUGGAAUGUCAAGAACUUUAAAGUGUGGAGAGAUGUCGUUGCAGCGGGCGGCCAUAGAAGUUUUGCAGUUCUACAUGGUAGAAUUCACAGCUUACAACCCAAAUCAAAACUUAUCUUUCAACAGCGGGGGUGGAGGUAAACGUAAUCGUCGCGGUGGUUCUGCUUCUGGUAGUGGAAAUGGCGGUGGGUCCAAGUAUAAAUUUUACGAUGUAGAUAGUGGUGGGGCUGGUCUAGGUAAAUCAGAAAAUGGUGUUACGUAUACUGUUGAGCAGUCUGGUGCUAUUACUGCCCCUAGUGCUUCAGUUCGUUUGUAUGAGGAAAUUGAGUUGGAAAAAAGGAUACGUAAACGGCGCAUGAGACUACUUUUGGCAGUUGAGGAGGCUUUUACUCAUGUUAAGCGCCUUGCUGCUGAAAACUGCAAUAAUGAGGGAACUGUUGGUGUUGGUGAGUGUGAUCAAACCUUGGUACCUUUCAAAAACAAUCGAAGUAAUGGAAGGAUGUCAAAGCUUACUUGCUCUCCAGGAAAAUCUUUGGAUCCGUACGAAGCAGCACAAGCUGUUUUCCCAACUCUCAUCAGGCCGUUACAAAAGUAUAUGCGUGUUACACGUCAACAAGCUCGUCACCCUGUGGAUAUGGUAAUUGAUCAUCUUGCUCUUUGCUUAGCUUAUGGCCUGUCACCUCACGCUUUCUUGGAAAGAUUUAAUCCUUCGGCUGCUACACCACAACAAGACGCAGCCGCAGCUGCAGCAGCCAUUGCAACAGUGAAGAGAGCCAAGUAUCAACAGAAUAUCAAGCAAGUUAACACUUCAGACAAUCUAGAUCCAUAUCCUCUACUUCCUAAAUUAGUGCAUCCAGGCGGACAGCAGGUAUGGAGUAUUGUGGCUGAUCGGGCUCUGUCUCGUAGUUUAGCGGAUGGUGCCAUAUUUCAGCUUCGUCGUGGAAAUGAGCUGUCGUUGCUUUGUACUGUUAGACGCCUGCCGCUUAUCUAUCUUAUCGAAGAAAUAUUAGAACCCUUAGAAGCAGGUAGAUUUGUCUUACGAACUGAUAAUGCAGUAUGACUUUUUAAUGGACUUCUACAAUGUUCAGGGAAUGUGAUCUCAUCCAUCUCAUUUGCUUUUUUAACCCAAUUUCGGUUUGCAUUUCUAAAUAUGCACCGGUAUUGACCAAUAUGCUGAUUACAUUGCUCGAUCCAGUUUUAUCCAUUCGUCAAUUUUUGCAUUUAUAUGAAGUUCAGAAUUCGUUUGCUUUUCACACAAGUUAUUGUUUUUGGUCAGUCUAACAUUAUUGUUUGUAUUGCAUUUGAUUUUUUUGUUUUUGCUUUGUGUUUUAUGGAGCUGCUUUAUGUACGUUCAUCUUUUGAAGUUUACAGGUGCUUUUAUUUAUUUUCGAUGAUUAACUACUAGUCAUUAUAAUAAUUGUUGUGAAUCGAUUUAAAAAUCGUUGUCACAAGUUAUUAUUAACAGCAGUAAUUUUGCUGUGCUGUUAAUUUUCUCUUUAUUUUUCUCUUUUUCUUUUUCUUGCAUUUCAAGCUUCCACUUGUCAUUUCCUAAGGAAUCAUGUAUUAAGUUUACUUCUAGCUUUAUUAUAAUUACUAUUCCCGUGUACCGGUUUAAUCGAUGUUAUUACCGGUUAAUGUCAAUAAUCUUGUUUCUUCAGUGGAUUUCGAUCUUUUGCUCAUCGAGUUUUUAUAAAAUGUAGCUGAGUAUAAAUGAUUUAGAGUUAAUAUUCUUUAAGAUAUUUACUUGAAUUGCGCUUAAGGUGUCUAUAGUAUUUCAGUUUUUAUGACUUAACAUUGAAGGCGUAAUGUAUGCACAAACGUACAUAGAACAUGGAUAUAGAUACCUAUGGAUAAUAAGGAUUAUGUCAUCCUCGUCAAAAAUAAUGUAGAAAUUAUUGUUUCUGAUUAGCUUUUACAUAUUUAAUACUUGUUGUAGAACAUACUAAGUAAAUACUCCAAGGAGUAGAGUGAGUCGACAGUAUGUCUCAUCGGUUACUUUGAACUUAUUCAUCAUUCUGUGAAUGCUGAAAAUGCCACUAGAGAUAAUUUAUGUUAUCCCACCGUAAACGAUACACAUAUUCGAAUUGUCGCGUAGAUAAAUUCAAUAAUUCGAUCUCCA